AUGGUCCUGGCCGGUGCCCGCAGACUCGUCCCGCUGGCCCGCAUGAGUACUUCGGAGACACUCCUCCCCGGUGCCAGGGGGAAUCGCCGCGAGCUUGGCGACCGGGAGCCCCGACGGGCCGAGCCGGGGGCAACGGGGCCGCGUUGCCGCUUCCCGGCCGGCCGAGCAGAGCGGAGGCUCCGUGUCUUGGAGCCGCCGGAUCCCGGGAAACGCUUUCGCAUGCGCAGUGCAGUGGAAAUCUGCUCUGUCCUCCGCACGUUGCUCCCCAACACGGGUUUCAGCGGCUCCGGCUGUCCCCUCGCCGUAGCGGUUCUCCGUGACGCGUUCUGCCAAGCGAGACCGGGGGCCGUAACAAGCUGCCAAACACCGUGCCACCGCCUGUCACGGGCUGUGCCUGAGGAACGGCAGACUGCUUUCAAUCUUAUCUUUACUGGUUCAUUUCUUGGGUUUAGACAAGAUAUCGCUGUUGAAAAUGCUGAAGAAUACCAGCCUCCAAUAUGGAAAUCAUACUUGUAUCAGUUACAACAAGAGGCACCACGUCCCAAGAGAAUCAUUUGUCCUCGGGAGGUGGAGAACAGACCAAAGUAUUAUGGAAGAGAGUUUCAUGGGAUCAUUUCUCGGGAGCAAGCAGAUGAAAUACUUGCCGGCGUGGAAGGCGCAUACAUUCUUCGAGAAAGCCAGCGGCAACCUGGCUGCUACACUCUUGCUCUCAGAUUUGGUAAUCAGACCCUGAACUACAGGUUGUUCUAUGAUGGAAAGCACUUUGUUGGGGAGAAAAGAUUCGAGUCAAUCCAUGAUCUGGUAACAGAUGGUUUGAUAACAUUGUACAUAGAAACAAAGGCUUCUGAGUAUAUAUCAAAAAUGACAACAAACCCCAUCUACGAGCACAUUGGAUAUGCCACUCUGCUUAGAGAAAAAGUGUCCCGAAGGCUGAGCAGAACAAAAAAUGAAUCAAGAAAAGCAAGUGUAACAAGUGAAGAAAACACCCCUGUGGAAAAG